AUGGCUCUUCCCCGCGGCCUCACAGUGCGAGCAUUGCGACCUUCUCUGAGGGCGUUCUGUCCUAAGCCAACGAGGUAUUUAUCUUCGCUGCCGAGACUCCUUUCUACACCCCCAGCGACGGGCAAUUCGGCAAAGGCCAUCGCCAAUUCGCAGCGAUGGGCAUCGAUACAGCAAGCCCGUACAUUCUCUUCUACCCGAAAAUUAUUUGAGUCACAGGAGGCUCCGUCGGCGCAAGCGUACCUGGCUUCGGGCGUAAUUGCUGGCGGGAGGGAUCUGGUGGACGUUACCACAGUACUGGUUAUCGGUAGUGGGGGGCUGAGUAUUGGGCAGGCAGGAGAAUUUGAUUAUUCAGGUAAGGGAACGCUCAUUUUUUUUUUCGGGGGUGAGUCAUAGGAUGUCAAUCGCUCACGGAGGGGUUUCUCGCUUAGGUUCCCAGGCUAUCAAGGCUCUGAAGGAGGCUGGGAAGAAGUCAAUUCUGAUCAAUCCUAAUAUUGCGACUAUCCAGACCUCGCAUUUCCUUGCGGAUGAGGUUUAUUAUUUGCCUGUCACACCCGAAUAUGUUUCGCAUGUGAUUGAGCGCGAACGACCUGAUGGUAUUUUCUUGACUUUUGGUGGCCAAACUGGCCUUAAUGUUGGUGUUCAAAUGGAUAAGAUGGGUAUUUUCGACCGUAUGGGUGUCAAGGUUUUGGGAACCCCCAUCAAGACAUUGGAGACCAGUGAGGACCGAGACCUAUUUGCAAAGGCGUUGAAAGGUGAUCACCCCCUUGAUGCUUAUAAAUAUUCCUAUUGGGUAUCGCGUUUUUGUUUUUUUGUUAAAUUUUUCAAUUGCUUAAGCGGGGGGCUGGAGGCCCCUUUGAGGAUCGCAAUUACUGACUUGAUAUAGAAAUCGACAUCCCGAUUGCCGAGUCUAUUGCCGUUAACUCGGUAGACGAAGCUCUUGAUGCCGCCGAAAAGAUCGGCUAUCCAAUUAUUGUCCGUUCUGCGUAUGCCCUUGGUGGACUUGGAUCUGGAUUUGCCAAUGAUCGGGAAGAGCUUCAUGAUCUCUCUGCACGUUCGCUCUCGCUGUCGCCGCAGAUCCUUGUCGAGAAAUCGCUUAAGGGCUGGAAGGAGGUCGAGUACGAGGUGGUCCGAGAUGGAUCAAACAAUUGUAUCACCGUUUGCAACAUGGAGAACUUUGAUCCAUUGGGAAUUCACACUGGUGACUCAAUCGUCGUGGCUCCAUCUCAGACCUUGAGCGAUGAAGAGUACCACAUGCUCCGAUCCUCCGCCAUCAAGAUUGUCCGACACUUGGGGGUUGUUGGUGAGUGCAACGUCCAGUACGCUCUCCAGCCUGAUGGAUUGGACUACAGGGUGAUCGAAGUCAACGCCCGUCUCUCUCGUUCCUCCGCUCUUGCUUCUAAGGCUACCGGUUAUCCUCUGGCCUAUACUGCUGCGAAGAUCGGUCUCGGACACACUCUUCCGGAAUUGCCAAAUGCUGUUACAAAGACUACCACCGCCAACUUUGAGCCCUCGCUCGAUUACAUCGUCACUAAGAUCCCCCGUUGGGAUUUGAGCAAAUUCGCUCACGUCAAGCGUGACAUUGGCUCUUCUAUGAAAUCUGUUGGUGAGGUUAUGGCAAUCGGACGUACUUUUGAGGAGUCCAUCCAGAAAGCAAUUCGACAGGUUGACCCUCAAUUCCUUGGCUUCCAGGGAGCCAAGUUCAGCAACCUCGACUUUGAACUUGCCAACCCUUCGGACCGCCGAUGGCUCGCCGUAGGCCAGGCAAUGCUUCACGAGAACUACACUGUCGACCGCGUCCAUGAGCUCACCAAGAUCGAUAAAUGGUUCCUGUACAAGCUCCAGAACAUCGUAGACAAACACAGAGAACUGAUAGAAGUCGGCUCCCUCUUCGGCAUAACCCGCGACAUCAUGAGUUCCGCCAAGAAGAUGGGCUUCUCAGAUAAGCAGAUUGCAGGAUGCGUAAACUCCACUGAGCAAGAAGUCCGCGCCCGCAGGAAGAGCUUUGGUAUCAAACCCUUCGUUAAGAAGAUUGACACACUCGCGGCUGAGUUCCCGGCGGAUACGAAUUACUUGUACACAACCUACAACGCCACCAGCCACGACGUUGAGUUUGAUACUCACGGGAUUGUAAUUCUCGGCUCGGGUGUUUAUCGUAUCGGCUCUUCCGUGGAAUUUGACUGGUGCGCUGUCUCCUGUACUGUGGCUCUCCGAGAAAUGGGGAAGAAGACCAUCAUGAUAAAUUACAACCCGGAGACGUACUCCACCGACUUUGACACGGCCGAUAAACUCUAUUUCGAAGAACUAAGCUACGAGCGAGUAAUGGAUAUCUAUGAACUUGAAUCUGCUGAGGGUGUCGUGGUCUCCGUCGGCGGUCAACUCCCCCAGAACAUCGCCCUCAGACUCCAAAACAACGGGGCUCGAGUCCUCGGAACCAACCCAGAAGACAUCGACCGUGCCGAAGACCGCCACAAGUUCUCGCAGAUCCUAGAUAGCAUCGGCGUUGACCAACCCGCCUGGAAGGAACUCACAAGCGUGGAAGAAGCCCGCACCUUCGCCCAGGAAGUAUCAUACCCCGUCCUGGUCCGACCAAGCUAUGUCCUCUCCGGAGCAGCAAUGAGUGUGAUCCGCAACGAGGCGGAACUCGAAGCGAAGCUACUACACGCAUCGAGCGUGAGCCCCGAUCACCCCGUCGUGAUCACAAAGUUCAUCGAGGGUGCCAUGGAGAUUGAUGUCGACGCCGUCGCCUCGGGUGGGAACCUCAUUGUGCACGCCGUAUCCGAGCACGUUGAAGCCGCGGGCGUGCACUCCGGCGACGCGACGCUGGUCCUGCCACCAGUCACGCUGGACGAAGAGACAAUGUCCCGCGUGAAGCAGAUCGCGGAGAAGGUCGCGAGAGCCUGGAAAAUCACAGGACCAUUCAACAUGCAGAUUAUCAAAGCUACCGAAAAAGAUAAGGUAGCCCUAAAAGUAAUAGAAUGCAACCUCCGUGCCUCCCGUUCCUUUCCCUUUGUCUCCAAAGUCCUCGGCACGAACUUCAUCGACAUCGCCACGAAGGCGCUCAUUAACAAGGACGUGCCCGCACCAACAGAUUUGAUGACUGUGAAGCGCAGUUACGUCGCCACCAAGGUACCGCAGUUCUCCUGGACUAGGCUGGCAGGUGCGGAUCCAUAUCUCGGCGUCGAAAUGGCGAGCACGGGGGAGGUGGCGUGCUUCGGUAAGGACCUCGUGGAGGCGUACUGGGCCUCACUGCAAUCAACCAUGAACUUCAAGGUGCCGCAGCCUGGCACCGGGCUGCUGUUCGGCGGCGACACAACGGAGAAGUACCUCAAGGCCGUUGUCAAGUUCCUUGCGCCGAAGGGGUAUAAGUUAUAUGCUGUCUCCCCCACUGUGAAAGCACACUUGGAAGAAGAAGCGGGUGUUAGCGUUGAACUCAUUGAAUUCCCGAAAACGGACAAGAGGAAGCUCAGGGAGGUGUUCCAGAAGUAUGACAUCUCGGGCGUGUUCAAUCUGGCAAGUGCAAAGGCGAAGUCGUUAGUGGACGAGGAUUAUGUCAUGAGGAGGAAUGCAGUGGAUUUUAAUGUUCCGUUGUUUAUGGAACCCAAGGUUUGCCAACCCCCCCCCCCCUCUCUGUCCCUUGAUUAAGUUUUCGGGCUGACGGUGAUGAUGGAAUAGACGGCCGUGCUCUUCGCCCAAUGUCUUAGUGAAAAGCUGCCGCUCGAGGAUAGGAAGGUUCCUGGAGAGGUUAAGAGGUGGUCGGAGUUUAUUGGUGGGAAGCCGUUGUGA